ACAAACGUUAUUGAGAAAUCAUUUUGGUUAGGUGCAGUGUUACCCAUAACUGAGAGUCUUCAACAAGUUUAUUUACGGAACGAAUGAAGAUGAUAGGGAUAUUAAGACCGAUACAGACAGUAAGAAAAUAUAAGUUAGGUUUAAUAUUUUAUAAUUCUUCUCAGUAAUGUUCGUUACAAAAAUAUUACAGACCUAAGUGCAGUGUUCAAUUUGUUUUAAUUGUUUUAGUUUUUUGUUUGUUUUUAAAUGCUGAUAUUCAAUACAGAGUAUUUAAUAUUGUAUUGUCUUGAAUUUUAAAAAAAAAAAAAUUCUUCCCAUAGCAUCAUGCAAUAAAGUUACAAUGAGAUAGCAAAUGGCCGGUAUUGCCGACAUCCAGAAUUAACCAAAUUGAAACCAGCAACAACAAAAAAAACUUUAAAAAAUAAUAAUAGUAUCUGAUAAACCAGUAAAAAAAUCGUUAUUCAUUUUAAAAAGAACUAAUUAGAGGCCUUUCGAAUAUGUAAUCAAUUUUUUUUUAAAUUUAUGCACGUCGUUAUUUAAGUGUUUAGAAAAUAUCAUCAUUUAGUAACUAAUGUUUCCACUGGCAGAAGCUUUUGUUAUGUGUGCCUAGAAAAUAGAUAUUUAAAAUCGUGUUACAAUAAUUUUGUCAGCUCAGCAAGGUUGCUUUUCUUGGGGGAAAAGUUAAACCUUGAGUAAGUGAUUUCAGGUGAAUGUUAACACAAUUAAGUUGAUCUAAAACGUGAAGAAUAUUUGGUUUAAAAUAACUCAAAAGUUGUUUUUAAUAAACUAAUUUCAGACAUUUUAGCACAUCUCCUUAAAUGAACAAGUGUUUAGAUAUGAUUUUUGUAAAUUACAAAUUUCUUAUUUUUAAAAAAAAAAAAUUCUUUUCUACAGCAAUCUGCAGUGUUAGAGUUGACAAGUUUUCUUAUUUCAACUGUUUUCUUGGAGACGGUAAUGUGUAAAAAAAUAACAAUAAACAUCUGUGGAGACAGUACAUGUGGGAAUUAUUAUAGACAGAUUGAAGCUGCGGAAAGCAUCGCUGAAAAGUCAGUAUUUUAAAGUAAUUACUUUUGUUUAAACAUUAACAUAUUUACUUUAAAUUAUCAUUAUUUAGUUCUUUUCUUUAAUGAAAAAAUUAUGAAAAUAGUUUUCUUUUAAUUCGUAUAUCAGUGAAUAGUAAUCUCAAAUAAUUGAAAAAAUGAUAUGUAGUCUACUCAUAGAGCAAGCCCUUAUAUUAGGAGAGACUAAUUUAAAAUAAAAUGAUUGAGAAUUACAUAUAUUUUUAUUCUACAAAAUUCCACAAUGGUGCGAAUUCUCCAACCUCGAUGCAAUAAACAAAGAGAAAACAGGAUUUAUCCUAGGAUAUAAACGAAGUUAUAAACUGUCAGCAAAAAUUAAUGAUUGUCUUUCGAAUUAAAUAUAAAAUUUAUAACAUUCAGGGCUCCCAAUAAUUAAAAUGAAAUGUUAUCAUUUAUUGUUGGAAUUUUUAAAAUAAGAUCCCGUAAAUGUUCAUAGAUCAGUAGAAAAAAUAAAAUAUGUUAUUAAGAUAAGUUUGAGGUUCUGGGUUGUCUUAAAAUUAUCAUUGAUUUUAAAGCUAAAUUUACAGUUGUUACAAGUGCUGUGCACCUAGCAUACACGAUAAUAAAGUUAAUAUUUAUCUAAAAUAAAACAAAGCUACUGCAACUUGUUGCGAAGAUUUGAAUUAACUUGACAUUAACUAAAUCCAUGAGAUGACUGGGGAAGCUAACAUUCUCAUGAAACGAAAAAAAGAAUUAAAGUUUUUUUUUUCUUAAAUGGCUUUUUUAAAAAGUUUUGCUCCUCUAUUAUGUUAAGCUAUUCGCAUGAGCCCUUUUAGUAGGUUUUGCCCUUUUUCUGAUCAAACCAGGUUUUUGUUCAGUUUGAUGGUAAAUUUAUAACUAUAUGCGUUGUCAUGUAUCUGAAUCUUUAUACAAAUUGAGGCCGAAAUGAAGAAGUUCACAUAUGUGUUUAAAAGACAAAAGUUGGAAAUCGAACUAAAAACAUUACACAGCACACACAGUGGCAUAUUAAAAUAAAAACUUCUAAAGAACUAAACAAGGAAUUUAGAGUACAGGUAACAUAACUACCAGAUGAAUAUAUAUAGAUACAAUUAAUAAAUUAGCAUGACAAAUUAUUAAAAGAACAAAUCAUAUUAUGUUUUAAAAGAUAUUUAAAUAAAAUUAAUUUUAAAAAUAAAUAAAUUUAUCAUUUCCGAUAACUGUAAAAAAAAAUUAAAUACCUAAAUGAGUUGUUUUUUUAAAUUUGUAAGUUAUUAGACAUGAUUAAAUAGAGGUUCUUAAUAUCAAAUUUGAUACUGAUAGCAAGCUUAUGGAUUGAUCAAGAGAUAAUGGACAUGAUGGUAAAGGAAGAGUUAAAGAUUUCUGGCCUCGAUGUAUAUUAUUAACUUAUAGUUAGAUGUGUAGAUUAUCUGAAUGCACUAAAAUCACUUAACUUUAUUACAGAUUAAUGGAAAACCUUUUCAAUGGAUCGUCUUCUUUUUCUAUGAACCAUAAAGUAGACGUUCCACCUUUUGCAGCAACAGAUAUUACAUUCUUUAAAACAGAUAAUGAUAGCACGUUUUUCAAAUGCUGGGACCAAGCAAACAUAUCAAAUGUAACAUGUGAAAGACAAACCAUGGACCAAUGUAAGCUGAAAUUGUCAAACGAGUCUUGCUGUUCACAUAGAAAUGCAAUUCUCUGGAAUACAUCUUCAGAGUUUUUAUAUUCACCUGAAAUCAGAAACUUUACCGUAAAAUGUGGUAAUGAAACAAAUAAACUAAUCUUUUUUGUCUAUGAAUUAGUGCAUACUUCAUCAUCUUCAACCACACCUCUAACAACAUCAACACAUGAAAAAAGUGAAGAAGUUAACAAUACGGGUCUCAUUAUAGGUAUAAUUGUUGCUGUUAUCUUAGUUGCUGUAUUAGCGAUCAUCGGCUUUAUCAUCUGGAAAAAAAGAAAGCACAUAAAAGAUUCAAACUCUAAAUCGGCUUUAAAUGCUUCAAGCCCUGGAAACUAUGAGAACACAAGUCAACGUAACGUUCCAAAUCUUUACAAUGUCCAUACAAGUGUCAACGUUUUGCCCGCUAACAAGAACAACGGACGUCCAAUUCCAUCAAAACCCCAAAUCGACUUUGAUCACCAGCCAGGCAAUACUAAAUCAAACUAUUCAAAUACUGAAUACACCGAUCCUGUUGAGGGGAAUUACACAGGAAUUGUUUACGAUGUCCCGAAACCUCAGUAUUCUUCGAAUGACCAGGACAUCGAUAAAAUUGAAUAUUAUUCAUCAAAUGAAGAAGUUCAACAGCGAAUUGAUGAUUAUACAACAAUUGAUUCGCCUGAUGUUCAAGUUGGUGAUUAUAAAACCACUGACCAGUGUGAUGAUCUCUUAAUGGAUUACUCAACGAUAGCCGAUGCGGUCGUUCAACAAGAGAACUCACAAAAUGAUAACCUAAUAGUGAGAGAACCUAAUGAGAUUGCGACUGUUGCUAAGAACCCCUACUCAGUGCUUGGAAAUAAUGACAAAAAUAUAACCGAUCCUUACAAUGAGUUGCCAGCGGAACCAGAUAUGUCCUCGGCUUAUUUCGUUUUAUUUUCUGAAGGAGAAUUGCCUCAGUACUCCAUGGCGCAAAAUGUAUCUGGUGAUGAUGGUGAUGGUGAUCAUGUGGGUGAUGGUGAUAAUUGUGGUGAUGAUGAAAAUGUAAAAAAUGAAGCAUCGACGAUGGAACAGUGAGAAAAUGGCUAGUGAUAUAUUCUGUAUAAUUUUUAAAUAUUUUAACGUUAUCAAGAUAAAAUCUAUGCAUUUUUUUGUGUUGCUUUGUAUGCAUGUACGUUUUGUUUGUUUUAAAUGUAAUUUACACGUGUUUGGUCUACAUGUAACGUUUUGAUAAUGGAGUAACCUAGAAAAAAAAGAGCUAAGACAAGCCAAAUACUUGCACUUCGAACAUGACAUUAUAUUUACAUAAGCUAGAAAUAUAUUUUACAUAAUUACCAAACAAAUGUACUUUUAAUUAAAAAUUAAUCAAAUGAAUACUGUGGUAUAGUUUAUUGAUUUAAUUUUUAAAAGGUAUUUCAAAUCUUUAAGAAUUUGAAUUGAAAAUAAAUACUUUUUGCCUACAUUUGUAAAAACAAAAGUUGACAAGCAUAACAGGACUAGAACAAAAGUUAAACAGAUCUGUUAAUUUUCUGUAUUUAACUUUGACGAAUUUUAUGAGCACUAAGCCAAGAGUUGCUCAUGUUCGUGAUGAUUCUGAUUACAGUAUGCUGUCAUAUAUAUUAAAGGGUCCAAUUUUUGACGAAAUUAGUAAUUGAAUCGCCUUUGAAAAAUAGUGGGUUUGUGUUUUGUUUUUAAACUAAGAGCAUAUUAUUAUUUUACGUGCUUAUGAAUGCUUUUUUAAAUAAUAAAAAAAAAAU